GCACAGCCAGGCUUUGGAGAUAUGCAGAGAAUGUUCAGAUGGAAAGGGCUUCAGUGCCUGCUCUUGAUUUUCCUCUGGAAUCGCUGGACAUUGGCAGACAAUUUCCAAAUCUCCUGCACCCAAUACCCAGUUGUGGUCGAGGUUGGCGCUACAGCAGUGUUGGAAUGUCAGCUGAUCCCCAGAUUGUCCCUCAAAGGUUUGGAGAUCCGCUGGAGCAAGGACAAUGCACUGGUACAUCUCUACAGAUUUGGACAGGAUGAGAACGCGGGGCAGGAUGCUCGUUACAAGGAUAGGACCCAGCUGUUUGCCAGUGAAUUUCAGAAUGGCAAUGUCUCCCUGAAACUCAUGCAAGUCACGUUGCUGGACAAUGGGAAGUACAAGUGUUUUGUGGAAUUAGAAGCUCAUGGGUUCAGAGAUGCAGAGGUUAUCCUGAAUGUGGCGAGAUUUGGAGAAUGGCCUUUGAUCAACUUGAACAAGUACACGGGGAAUGGAAUCCAGCUCCAGUGUGAAUCUGAGAACUGGUUUCCUCCACCGACGGUGCAAUGGAGCAACGAGAAAGGUGUCAUCCAGACUCAGCAGGGUCAGCCGGUACCAAAGGAGCUGCGCUCAGUCAACGUGAAGAGCUACAUUGAUGUGACUAGUGAUUCCGGGAACACCUUUAACUGUUUGCUAAAAAGCGAGAUGCUGAACAAGACAGUCAGUGCAGAGUUCUAUGUCCCAGAUGAAUUCCACCCCAAGACAUCCGUUUGGCUUUAUAUCUUCCUCUUGAUUUUCUUUGGCAUCCUUGGUCUCAUCAUUGGCCUCUUUCUGUUCUUCAGGAAACAAAAGAGACACAUCCGAGAUCUAAAGAAGCGGCCAACAACAACUGAUUAUUCCUGGAAGAAGUCCAACAAUGUGGAACUCAGACAAGUAAUGGAUAGUCUCUGGGAACAACUAGGUAAAAUUCGCCCUCUCCCUCAACUAGCAAUUCAGAGAAUGACUGAUGCUGCAGACUGCAUUGAACUGGACUGUGACACUGCGAAUCCAAACCUCCUGAUAUCCUCCGAUCUGACCACCAUGAGCUGCACUGCAGAAGGGAAGUUUCUUGCUGACAGCAGUGCGAGAUUCGAGCACAGAUUGGUCACGUUGGGAAAGACUGGAUUCACCAGUGGCAGGCACUAUUGGCUGGUGGAAGUGGACAUGCACUCCGUCUGGGACCUGGGAGUAGCCAGGGAGUCGGUAAGCAGGGAAGGAAAUCUACCUUUGAUCCCUGAAAAUGGAUACUGGACUAUUCGGCACGAUGGGAAGAAAUACUGGGCCAACCUCACCAGCCCUUUGGAAAUCAUGUGCAAGGAAAAACUCCAGAGAAUUGGAAUAUAUGUCAACUACAAUGCUGGACAGGUCCUGUUCUGUGAUGGCGCUACCUACUCACACCUCCACAGUUUCACUUCCAGCUUUGAGGGGAUGAUCUACCCCUUCUUCAGUCUCUCGGGGUCUGGCAAAUGUUCCAUUUUGCCAUCAAUCACCCCACUGUUAACCUGCUCUGACAUCCUGUACAUCAUAGAGUCCUGCAUUAUGAAAGAAAGUUUAUCUAUUUUUAACGUGGCAAUAAUGAAUUACGAACUAAUAAUGUUUGGAUUAAAAAGGACUAAAUGUGAUUUGCUAUGUGUGUCCCACAGUCACGCUGACAACCGGAAGGUCGAUUGUGUAGUUGAUGAAAUGGUGCAAGAGACGUUCCUGGACUUGUUCAGCUUCUCCAGCCUUUUAUAUUUUUACGUCAACUUUCCGUCAUUUGCAUAUUUUGCUUUAAAGCUUUUACUUCCAUCCAAUCUGAGCUCCCUUUUGGGUUUCCUUUCCCUGUCAAUCUCGACUAAACCCUCCCCAACAGCACUCUCUGUGAAGAUGAAAGUCCUGCCAAGAUCUGAUCUCUUGAGUUUAGGUUCCGCCUCCCAGCGGAUGUUUAAAAGUGGAACUACUGAAUAUUUCGCUGGCCCUCGCCUUGGCCCGUCGAUUUUCUGCUCAAAAGUAAAGAAAUCUGUUGCAAGUAAGAGAGAAAGGAAGGCAAUUGAUGCAGCAGCUGGGCUGGCACGGACAGGCUUUGGGGCUUCGCUGAAAGUGUUUGGGAGCAUGGAGCAUGGGGCCCUGUGUCUGAUUCUCCUCCUGAGGAUCCAUUCUGCACUGGCAGAUGUGUUCCGAGUGACUGGCCCGGAAGCUCCAGUCAUUGCUACGGUUGGUGGGGUGGCAGUGUUGGAAUGCCAGCUGAUACCAGACAAACCUUCAGUGGGCAUGGAGAUACAGUGGGUUCGCAGCGACUCGGAGCAGCACACACCCAUCCACAGCUAUAUCGUUGGGAAUGGGAAAGAGGAGCAGCCGGCUCCGGCAUACCACGGCAGGACAGAGUUCUAUAAAGAGGAGAUCAACCAGGGGAACAUCUCACUCAGACUGCGAGAUGUCCAGCUGGAGGAUGAAGGCGACUACCUCUGCAUGGUCGAGUUUAAGGGAUUCAUCGAGCAGGCACCCUUGAAGCUGAAGGCUACCAGUCUCGGCCAGCGCCCUGUGAUAAGAUUGGACGGAUACCAGAAAGAUGGAAUCGGGCUGCAAUGUGCUUCGUCUAGUUGGUACCCGCUUCCCGUGAUGCACUGGGAAGACAACGGGGGAAACAACAUGACAGAGAUGGCAACAGUGACAUCGACGAAGAACGCAGAUGGCCUAUACAGAGUCUCGAGCAGCAUCAAGGUCACAGCUGGCUCCAGUGACACCUUCAGGUGUUUAGUGAAGAGCACCAUCUUGAGGAGAUCACAGCAGAGCUGCCUCCGCAUCCCAGAUGAAUUCUUUCCCAGGAUGUCACGUUUCUUCACCGCCUUCAUCCUGUUUCUCAUUUUACUCUUUGGAUUACUGGCAGCUGCCGGUUACUAUCAGUACAAACAGCAGAAACAUAUAAAAGAGCUAAACGAACGCCCAACAAUCAAAGAGUAUGUCGAACUGUGCAAUCAAUCAAACGACCUUGAGAACAAUAUUGAGAGUGCGACUGCUAACUUAGACCUGGAGAAGAGGCUGUGUCAAACAGCUGCCGAAAGGGUCAUCGCUGCUGCAGUACCUGUGACCUAUGACCCAGAGACCGCCAACCCCUACCUGAUAAUCUCAGAGGACCAGCUGACCGUGACAUUCAGUGAAAAUUGGCAGGACCUUCCGGAAAGCCCAAAGAGGUUCAUCUCCCAGCUCUUUGUGACUGCAAAAGAAGGGUACAAGAGUGGGAGCCAAUACUGGGAGGUGCUGGUGGGCAACAAGCCUGACUGGGAUCUGGGAGUGGUCAAGGGAUCCGUCUCCAGGAAAGACUGGAUCACACUGAGCCCGGAGAACGGGUAUUGGACCAUCGGGAAGCGGGGUGAUGCCUACGAGACCCAUGAAGCGGAGCCUGUAAAACUUGAGUACAGGAGGAUUGCUUCGAAAAUUGGCAUCUACCUGAACUACAAGGAGGGGACAGUUCAUUUCUAUGAUGCUGACUGCAUGGUGCAAAUCUGCAGCUUCACAGCAGAAUUCACAGAGGAAAUCUACCCAUUCUUCAGCCCCUGGGGAUCCCAACAGGGGAUGACAAUCUGCCCCCUUUAAUUCCCCGUUCUCCAGCCCCGAACAGCUCUGAUGCACGGGGCCUUGGACAAGAUCGCGAAGGAGCGAAACUAAUUCACUUUUUGCAAAGGGGAAGAGAUUGUGAUAAGUGAUACAGGCAUUGCCAUCUUGAUUUGUACAUGGUUUGCAAGAUUCAUCAUGCUCAGUGAAGAGAAUCAAUGCUUGCACUUGUGCGAGUGACACAAGUAGUUUGUAUAUGUUGCUUGUGUGGCCCUGAACUCAUGUCCCACUCACCCUUCACAGGCCCAUUCCCAUCUUGAAGGUAUUGACUUGAAUGCUGAUGGGGUAGACCAAAAAUCAGUGCCAUAAAUUGAAAUUAGUUCCUAAUAAAUCCAAAUGGAGCAAUUGAAAUGAGUAGUAACAUACUUAAGGGGAAGCUGAGUAAACACAUGAGUGGCUGAGAUUGUGCAGAUGUAAAAGGGGAUGAUGAUGCAUUUCUAAUGACUAGCAAUCUAAUUAAUGCUCUUGGGACACAGGUUUCUAUCCCAGUCUCUGCUUGAGCAAUAAAUGCCCCUUUAUAAAACACUAAUGCAUUUGCUUCUUCUGUAAAGCAGUUCAGGGUCAGUGAAGUUGAAUGUUCAACUAAACUCAGAUUAAGUUAUGGAUAAAGUUAGAAACAUGGCGUAUAUGAAGCACUGGAAGUGGCAGUUUUGUACCUUUUGUGUUGAAUUUCAGCUCCUCUGGGGAUUUCAAUUCAAAAGACAAUUCCUACCUGCUCCAAAAGCCAAUGGUUCUUAACGAGAGACCUUUCAUUCAAUUUACGUCAACUUUUGAUGCCCCAGUCUCUCACUCUCUCUGCCAUCUUGGCCAUUAGCCCAAUCUGCUCCUCAUCCCUGCCCUGUAAUUCUAGAGGAUUCCGAUGUGAUGGACAGUUGGUUUAACCAUUUGUCAUAUGAUCUUGCUGAAUUACAUAAACCGUGGCAGUAUUGGUUCCUUGCUUUUAUCUCUCAAAAGCACUCAUGAUUCCAGGCAACAUUCCCUCUUAGCCAACUGCUGUCUCUUGGUGACACCAUCCACCAAGAGAAUUAGCUCUCUGCCUUAACACUGACAACACCCGGCUCUCCCUAAAUGCCCAGCACUCUUGACCCUCCUACAGUGCUAAAUUAUCAUGCAGCUUGUUGAACUUCCAGUACUGGGUGAGCAAGAACAUUCUGCCCAAUUAAAUAUUGGGAAGACCAAACCCAUUGUUUUUCUUCCACUCCAAACACAGUUCCUGAGUUACCAACUCCUUCUGUCACCUUGAUAACAGUCUCUGAUAAUGCCAGUUUGCUCACGAUUUGACCCGAAGGUGAGAUUCCAAGCAACUCUCCCCAAGGCUGCCUAAUUCCAUCUCACUCUGUUUUUCACUCCAGGGCCAGGAAUCAUGAAGUCAAAUUUAACAUCAAGUUGGCUUCCUGUCAAAUGCUUGCAAGGAUAAUAGAGAUAGUCAGUCACUGGGUCGAAAGCACCUAAUUCCACACUCAUCUCAGCUCAUCUGCUGUUGAAACCUUCAUGCUCACAAUCGUGACCUCUGGGCUCGAUUAUUUCAGUGCACUCCGAGCUAGUUUCCCCCAUGUUCUAUGCUUCAUUAACUUGAGAUUGACCACAAAACUGUAAAGGGUCCUUUUAAUUACAGUAAAUCCCGUCAUCCUCUUACCCCAGUUCUUGCUGACCUUCUUCAUUGACUCCCAGGUUUUAAAAUUCUCAACAUUGUUUUCAGAUCCCUCCAUCUGCCACCAACCCUUUCCAUCUCUACAUGCUCCCGCAGCCCCGGGAACCCCUCAAAAACCCCAUAAGAUGUCUUUGUACUUCUUGUUCUGGCCUCUUGAAAGUUGAUAUUGCUUUUAAUUGCGUCAUCAUUAGGGAUCAUGCAAUCAGAAGUCAUGGUCUCUCUUCCACCUCUAAGCCCUCUGCCACAUUUUCGAAAAUCAAGACACCUCUUAAAAUCCUGCUGACUGAACAAAUGGCCAUCUGACAUAAUUACCCAGAUGUGCUAAAUGCUGAAUUUUGUACAUUUGCUGCCCUGUGAAGUGCCUUUUGAUCUUUUAUUGCAUAAAAUAUGUUAUAUAAAUUUGAAUUUUAAUCAUUGUGAACUUUUAAGGACUACACUGCAUAGUUUUUAUUAAAACAGAAAUGAAU